GAAAUUCGGAGAGAGUUUCCGGCCAUUGUUCUGUCCUUCUGGCGUGCGUGGCUGGAGUCCGAAAGGUCCUGCCUGAUUCCCGGUCCUCUUGUCUCUUGUCCCCGCCGCCCACGGCUGGGUGCUCAUCUCUUCCCCCUGGACUGCCCCGGGCUCCUGAUAAUGUCAAUCAGAAAAAACCCAACCAGCUGGGGCAUUUAGCAGCUCAAAGAGGGUUGCAUCCUCUUGGCAGCUCCCAAUACCGGUAGCAAUAAUAACAAUCAUUUUAAGAUUUACAAAGCAUUUUCUUCACAAAGGCCCUGAGGGAGUGUCACUAAAGAUACAUUCCUUGUGUAUUGUAUUCUGAUAGAAGACAGGAGUUCCAGAGCAUCCCAUGGAAACACAAGCUGAUUGUGUAUCUCAGGAACCUCAGCUCCUGCUUGAGAGUGCUCCACCUUCUCCCAAAGUUUCUGCUUCUCUUGAUAAAGAUAACCUGGGAGACCAGAUGUUGGCAGCUGCACUUCUAAAAGCCAAGUCCCAGGAACUGGUGACAUUUGAGGAUGUAGCUGUGUACUUCAUUCGGAAGGAAUGGAAACGUUUGGACCCUGCUCAGAGAGAUCUCUACAGGGAUGUGAUGCUGGAGAAUUACGGGAAUGUGUUUUCAUUGGGCUUUCCAUUUCCAAAUCCUGAGAUAAUUUCUCACUUGGAUGGAGAAGAAGAGUCAUGGGUCCUAGAUUUGAAGGGAGCUGAAAGCCAGGAACUCCAAAGUGCCUCUUGUAUAGAUGGUGAGACCAGAACUAGGAAUGAUCAAGAAAUUUCUGAAGCUGCAGAAUCACAUGGGGUGAUACUGGGAAGAUUUCAAAAAGAUGUUCCUUCAAGUCUCAAAUUUGGAGAAACCUGUGAAUGGGAAGGCAAUUUAGAGAGGCAACUGGGAAGCUCCAUGGAGGAAAGACUAAGGAGAAAGAUGGGAGAUCUUAGACAAGUGAUAGUUGAGGAUCAGAAAAGCCCCACAGGUGAGAGAGUCCAGCAGUACAAAGAAUUUGGGAAUAGUUUUAGUCUUAAUUCAAACCUUGUUAUACAUCAAAGAGGUUCUGUGGGAGAUAAACCCCAUAAGUGUGAUGAAUGUGGCAAAAGCUUUAAUCGAACUUCAGACCUCAUUCAGCAUCAGAGAAUCCACACAGGGGAGAAGCCCUAUGAAUGUAAUGAGUGUGGGAAAGCCUUCAGUCAGAGCUCACACCUUAUUCAGCACCAGAGAAUUCACACUGGAGAAAAACCUUAUGAAUGUAAUGACUGUGGGAAAACCUUCAGUUGUAGCUCUGCCCUUAUUCUACAUAGGAGAAUCCAUACUGGAGAGAAGCCCUAUGAAUGUAAUGAGUGUGGAAAAACUUUUAGUUGGAGUUCAACCCUUACUCAUCAUCAGAGAAUACAUACUGGGGAAAAACCUUAUGAAUGUAAUGAAUGUGGGAAAGCAUUCAGUCGGAGCUCAACCCUUAUUCAUCAUCAAAGAAUUCAUACUGGAGAGAAGCCCUAUGAAUGUAAUGAAUGUGGAAAAGCCUUUAGUCAGAGUUCACAUCUUUAUCAGCAUCAGAGAAUCCACACAGGAGAGAAACCCUAUGAAUGUAGGGAAUGUGGUGGAAGAUUCACCUAUAGCUCAGGUCUUAUUCAGCAUCAGAGAAUUCAUACAGGGGAGAAUCCCUAUGAAUGUAAUGAGUGUGGGAAAGCCUUCAGGUAUAGCUCAGCUCUUGUUCGUCAUCAGAGAAUCCACACUGGAGAGAAAUCUUUGAAUGUGAUGACUAUGGGCAAAGGUUCCAUCCGAGUUGCUGCAUUAAAUAUCAGAGAAUCCAUCCACAUGAGAGAGUGAGAGUCUGCUGCCCCACUAAAUAAAUUUAAUGCAAGGAAA